ACAAGCCAUCUCUUCUUUCUUUUUUAUUCAUUUAUAUUGUACCAGCAUUUAAAUGACCUUCUUAAACAAUCUUUUUCCAUCCCAUACUCUGCCUCUUCUUGUGUAAACACUGAGAUUUUCUUUGGUUAUAUAUUACUAUAUACUUGUGCAAGCAAACAAAAAAGUUAUGGUUGUGGAUUCAGAUAUGGGUUCUGGUGGAUUAUAAAUGAUGUCUUUUUGUAGGCAUUUAUAAGGCUGUACAUAUGCCUUUUUAGUUUGGUCGGUCUUCAUUUAAUUUGAAGUUUUUUCUUUGGUAUGUAAAACAAUAGAGAGAGAGAGAGACCCUUUAGUAUUAUUGGAUUGGUGGAAGCUGAAGAGAGUGCUUUGUUGAUAUGGUUGCUUGAUGGCUUGACCAGUUCAUAGGGAGAUUUGCAUUUUACGUUCUAACUGAAGCUCGGGUGAAUUCAGAGUGCAGCCAUGGCUUAUGGCAAUUCGAGAUCAGUAAGAUUUCAAGAUGAUCCUGGAUUUGCAAAUCUUCCCAUAGUCAAUGGAGAUAAUGUUAUUAAGGUGAAAUACAAGAUUGAUGGAUCACAAUUCACUCAAUCAAGUUCUAAGAGGGGUGAGAGCGAAACUGGAAGAUCUUUGAAAACCAAAGUGCUCUUGAGAGUUUUCUCAGAGGACUAUGAGAGGGUAAAGAAGAAGAUAUUGGAUCCUCGAGGUCCAAUCAUACGGAGAUGGAACAAAAUAUUUUUGAUAGCAUGUUUAGUUUCCUUGUUUGUAGACCCCCUGUUCUUCUACUUGCCAGGGGUCAAAGACAAUCUUUGCAUCGAUAUCGGGACAACCCUUGAAGUGAUUCUUACUAUUGUAAGGUCAAUUACUGAUGUCUUUUACAUGAUUCAAAUUUUCGUAAGGUUUCGUACAGCUUAUGUAGCACCUUCUUCCCGUGUUUUUGGGAGAGGAGAACUUGUUAUAGAGUCUUCAAAGAUAGCCAAAAAGUAUUUAUACAAAGAUUUCUGGAUUGAUUUGAUUGCUGCACUUCCUCUUCCUCAGGUGUUGAUUUGGAUUGUUAUUCCAAGUUUGAGUGGUUCGACAAUGGCCAACACAAAAAAUGUCCUCAGAUUCAUUAUAAUCUUUCAGUACCUACCUAGACUGUUUGUUAUAUUUCCGCUAUCAGCACAGAUUGUCAAGUCCACUGGUGUUGUGACAGAAACAGCAUGGGCAGGAGCUGCCUAUAACUUGAUGCUCUAUAUGUUAGCAAGCCAUGUUUUAGGAGCAUGCUGGUAUCUUCUAGCAGUUGAGAGACUAGAAGCAUGUUGGAGAAGUGUCUGCAACAUUGACGAAUCAUUGUGUAAACAUGAUUACUUUGACUGCAGCAAAGUUAAUGACUCUGUUAGAAUCGAUUGGUUCAAGUCGAGCAACAUCACAAAAAUAUGCUAUCUUAAUGUCGACUCUUAUGCAUUUGGUAUCUAUGGCGAUGCGUUGACCUCUGAUGUUACAACCUCAAGUUUCUUUAACAAAUAUUUUUAUUGUCUUUGGUGGGGCUUGAAGAACCUUAGUUCUCUGGGGCAAGGUCUUAAUACAACCACUUAUGUAGGAGAAAUAAGCUUCGCGAUCAUCAUCGCAGUUAUGGGAUUAGUUCUCUUCGCUUUGCUCAUUGGAAAUAUGCAAACGUACCUCCAAUCAACCACAGUUCGAUUAGAAGAAUGGAGGAUCAAGAGAACCGAUACAGAACAAUGGAUGCACCACAGGCAACUGCCUCAGGAAUUGAGACAGUCUGUAAGGAAAUAUGACCAGUACAAGUGGGUUGCUACUCGAGGAGUCGAUGAAGAAACUCUUUUACAAGGUCUUCCAUUGGAUCUCCGGAGAGAUAUAAAACGCCACCUAUGUUAUGAUCUAGUUCGACGGGUUCCCCUGUUUGAUCAAAUGGAUGAACAAAUGCUAGACGCCAUAUGUGAGAGGCUCAAACCUGCUCUGUGCACCGAAGGCACUUGCCUAGUGCGUGAGGGUGACCCUGUUAAUGAAAUGUUGUUCAUAAUCCGAGGGAACCUUGAUUCCUACACAACAAAUGGUGGUCGGACUGGCUUCUUUAAUUCUUGCCCUAUUGGUUCAGGAGAUUUCUGUGGUGAAGAAUUACUAACAUGGGCCCUGGAUCCUCGUCCCAGUGUCAUCCUCCCAUCAUCCACUCGCACAGUAAAAGCCAUUUCUGAAGUUGAAGCCUUUGCACUCAUGGCUGAAGACUUGAAAUUUGUUGCCUCCCAAUUCCGAAGACUGCACAGCAAACAACUCAGGCACAAAUUCAGAUUCCACUCUCACCAGUGGCGUACGUGGGCUGCAUGCUUUGUACAAGCAGCAUGGCGUAGGUACAAAAAACGGAAAAUAACUGCUGAACUUAAAGCUAAAGAGAACCCUGCAGCUGCUCAGACAGCAAAUUUGAAACUACACUCCGACAAAAAUGUGCCCUCACCCGGGUCUGGAUUUGCCUUGUACGCGGCACAGCUGACAGCAAGCACUAGGAUGGGUGUAAAUGUGCAUCCUGGAUCAAGCCCUGUUAACUCAUUGCAGAAGCCAGAAGAGCCAGACUUUUCCGUAGACGAGGAAUAACUAGACUCCACAGUUUUUCCUUUUAUGUAUAGGCCUUUCUUUGUUGAUUCAAGCAGGGGAGAAGUUAGAAAUGAUAGUGAGGUCAUUCUUCUAUUUGUAUGAUUAUAUGAGAAGCUGAUAGGAGACAUUUACCAAUGUAGAAUACAGUAGAAUUAACUUAGAGGUUAAGAACUUGUGCAUAUAAGAAUGUUUCAAGUAUUACUUCAUUGUAGAACUUUUGAGCACAAUUUUAGGGGUUGUUUGACCAGGUUA